CCGUCAUCGAGUUUAAAACGUUAUCCAAAAAAAUUACAAAACAAAAAAAAAAAAAAGAGAAACAAACUUAAAACAAAAAGCAAAAAACUAAAAAAAAAUAAAACAUUGCCAACAUAACGAAAAUUAAAACCUAUUAAUGAGUGACAAUUUAAAAAGAUCUUAACAUUUAUAAUCAUUAAUUUCUAAUUAAAUAAAAAAAAAACAGACUAAAUAAAUAAAUACGAAUUUAUAGUGAAAUUUUUAAAUAUAAAAAAUUAUAUUGAAAAUUUAAUAUAUCAAUAAUAUUUUAAAUAGAAACAAUACAGAAAAUAAAAAAAAAUUGAUAAGUAAAAAAUAAAAUUUCCUAAACUUGACCCUUGGAUUACAAGUUAUGGAAAAUUUAGGUUAUAAAGAAGGUACAGCAAAAACACGUCGCAUAAAUAGAACAUCAAGUGUACUUGCUAAAAAUGAACAGGAAGCACCUUUAUCUGGAUCAAAUAGAUUUAAAACAGUUUCACCUGGGAUGAUGGUAAGAUGGCGAAAUGAUCCUGAAUCUAUGAUAGAAGCCCAAUAUCCAACAAGUGAUUUUGAAUAUAUGGAAUGUGGACCAUCACCACCAGCUGAAAGUGCACCUAGUAUGUAUGAUAGUUUUGAAGAGCCAACAAGUGAAUUAAGUGUAUUAAUAUGUCAUGAUACAUUACGUAAUAGUUUAAUAGAUCAAAUGAAAGCGGCCGGUGGCCGUAUGCGUUUAUUUGAAGAAAUUGAAAAUGGAAAUAUUAUUUCUGAAAAUGUACAACAAUCAUAUGAGAAUACAACAAAAAUUGAAAAAAAUUUAUCAUAUUUAUGGUCAUCAUUUUUAAAACGUUGGGAUUUAUUAGAAGGCUUAAUAUUAUGUGGUGCCGAAUUAAAUUUUUAUGAUCAAAAUGGUAUAUCAGCAUUACAUUUGGCAGCAUUUAGUGGCUGUUUAGCAUCAACAAAUUUUUUAAUAUCAAAAAAAUUAGAUGUCAAUUUACAACCAAAAACUUAUACACCAUUACAUUGUGCUGCUUUUGGUAAUUCACCAGAAACAGCUAAAAUGUUAAUAAAUAAUGGUGCAUUAAUAACAAAAGAUACAACAAAACCAAAUUGUGAAGAAUCAUUAUUACAUUGUGCUGUAAGAGCAAAUUCAUUAGAAUGUGUACAAUUGUUUAUAACUGAAGGUGCUGAUGUUAAUUCAUUAAAACCAAAUGGUACAAAUCCAAUACAUUUGGCAGCUGAUUUAGGUUUAUCACAAUGUUUGGAAGCUUUAUUGAAUGCGGAAGGUGCCGAUCCCAAUAUUAGAAUUUGUAUAAGAGAAAAAGAAUCAACUGCAUUACAUUUAGCAGCUGAUGAAGGUAAUUGUGAAUGCGUUGAUUUAUUAUUAGCCAAAGGUGCUGAUGCAAAAUUAAAAAAUCAUCGAGGUUUUACAGCACUACAUUUAGCUGCUAGAACAUCAAGUUUGGAAUGUGUUGAAUCAUUAUUACGUAAUGGUAAUGCUGAUCCAAAUGCUGAAGAUUUUGAUCAGAGAACACCAUUACAUACAGCUGUUGGUAAAUCGGAAAAUGCUUUCGAUAUUAUGGAAACAUUAAUAUCAUGGGGUGCUAAUGUUAAUCAUAAAGAUAUUUAUGGUUUUACAGCUUUACAUUUAGCUGCAUUAGAUGGUUUAGCACAAUGUGUUGAAAUGCUUAUAUAUCAUGGUGCUGAUGUUACAACAAAAUCUAAAAAAGGUACAACAGCAUUAAAUGUCAUAACACGUAAAACACCGGCAUCAGUUGCAAUGAUACAACAAAAAUUAGAUGCAGCAAUAACAUUACACCAUUCACAGGAUAUUGUUAAUCGUGAAGUUGAAUUGGAAUUAGAUUUUCGUCAAUUAUUACAACAUUGUCACCCAAGAGAAAUUAGUUAUUUGAAUACAUUUGUUGAUGAAGGACAAAAAGAAAUUUUGGAGCAUCCAUUAUGUUCAGCAUUUUUAUAUAUAAAAUGGGGUAAAAUACGAAAAUAUUAUAUUGGCAGAUUAAUAUUCUGUUUUACAUUUGUAUUAUUUUUGACUCUAUAUGUAUUAACGGCACUAGCUCAUAAUUGUUAUAAUGGCAGUAAAGAUGAUAAUACAACAAUAUUAGCACAGGAAUUAUGCCAGAAGCAAUCAAUUUUAGGUGAUAUGUUACGUAAUAAUCCUUUUGUUAUGGAAAUGCAAUGGUGGGUUUUAGUAGCAAUAACGAUUAUUGAAAUAUUUCGAAAGCUGUACGGUAUAACAGGUUACACGUCUGUUCGGCAAUAUUUUAUGCAAGUUGAAAAUAGUAUGGAAUGGUUUGUUAUUACAAGUGUAUUUGUUAUAUCAUAUAUUUAUACGAAACAAACAUAUACAUUUCAAAAUCAUAUCGGUGCAUUUGCUGUAUUAUUAGGUUGGACAAAUUUAAUGUUAAUGAUUGGUCAAUUACCAGUAUUUGAUGUUUAUGUUGCGAUGUAUACAAAAGUUCAAGGUGAAUUUGCAAAAUUAUUUAUGGCAUAUUCAUGUAUGCUAGUUGGAUUUACGAUAAGUUUUUGUGUUAUAUUUCCAUCAUCGUCAUCAUUUGCAAAUCCAUUUAUGGGUUUUAUAACAGUAUUAGUUAUGAUGAUAGGUGAACAAGAUUUAUCUUUAUUAAUUAAUGAUCCAGAUGGAAAAGAUCCACCAUUUUUAUUAGAAAUAAGUGCCCAAAUAACAUUUGUAUUGUUCCUAUUAUUUGUAACAAUAAUAUUAAUGAAUUUAUUAGUUGGUAUUGCUGUACAUGAUAUACAAGGAUUAAAAAAAACAGCUGGUCUUUCAAAAUUAGUUAGACAAACGAAAUUAAUAUCAUAUAUUGAAUCAGCAUUAUUUAAUGGUUAUUUACCAACAUGGUUAAGAAAUUUAUUACAUUAUACAGCAUUAGUAUCACCACAAGCAUAUAGAGUUGUAUUAUGUGUUAAACCAUUAAAUCCAAGUGAAAAAAGAUUACCACGUGAUAUAUUAAUGAAUGCAUAUGAAGUUGGUAAACAAAGAAAACAUAAUGGUCAUACAAUAUCAGCAAAAAGUAGUGCUGCAACAUAUUUUUCAUAUAAAAACAAAUAUAAUAAUAAUAAUUCAAAUGGUAAUAAUGGUAAUAACGGUAGUUCUAGCAAUAUGAAAUGUAAUAGUUAUUUACAAAGUGGACCACAUACAGAAACUGAAUAUGAUACAAUGAGUUUAUGUACAUUAACAACAAAAAUUGAUGAUAAUGCUGAACGUUUAGAUCAAUUAACAACUGAAAUACAAGAAUUAAAAGCAGCUUUAUUUCAACAACAACAGCAAGCUACUAAAGUUAUUGAUAAAUUAUUAUUGGUAAUAUCAAAUCAACAACAAAGGAAUAAUUUUAAAAAAUAAUCUCCAUUCAAUCAUAAUAAAUUAAAUGUAUAGAUAAAAUUUUUUAAUUCAAAUAUUUGUGUAUAUAAUUAGCGACCAAUUGCAUCUAAUAUCUUAUUAACAUUUUUAUUUCCAUUUUUUUUUUCUGUAAAUAUUCAUUACCAAUUUUAAAUAUUUCA